GCUACAUGAGCUAUUUCUACUACUCUCUGGGCAUCCAUAGCCAAUACUCACUCCUCUGGCCUCCUGCCCUCUUUCCCACUGGUGUCUCCAUCCGAAAGGGCCCUGCUGUCCUCGUUAUCCUCCCUUGGACAUCUCCACAUUUCCCUCCGAAAUGAUUGUUCCACCAUCACUACCACCCAUCCCUCGACCAUCGCACGCGCGGUUGCGAGCGGCAUUUCUACAUCUCACCUGCAUGGUUCCCGUGCACGAAUUCUCUCAGUCGAGCAGCAGGUUCUCUCACGAUCUGGGGGUAUGGUCGGUGGCUACGACAUCGUGUCGCUGGCAAAAAUAAUUUCCGGGUUCGAGGGAUGGGAGAGAAUAUUGUCUUACUUGCAUUCGCUUGCAUCCGCCAUGGGGAAAUAAGCGGGGGGCAACUGAUCAACCGACUGCGAACAGACAUUCACACCGGCUUCCCCACAUUGGAGGCUGUAUCCCUGCAUCUGCUCAUGGUUGCUGAGACAGCUUGGUUGCGGGAGGGUUGAACGUGGGUUUUGUAUGGAAGGCUCCCAAGUUCUGAGGAUUUCUUCAUUACAGAGUCAGAGUCAAUAGUGUUGAAUCGCGUAAACGAGGACGAAACUGGUGUGCUGAAAGAAUAUACUAUCGCCAAAUCACGCCUACCUUCCUUUGUUACCCCAGACACAGCCUCUUCUAUAUUAUUUAUUGGACGCGCACUCUCGGUGAUUCAAUUACGAGGAGGAGCAAAUACUGGAAUUGCAUCCGACACAAUUAGUCCGGAAAUGACGCUUCUUCCGGUUCAUCUAUCGCAUCUACAGUCGCUUCAGUCCCCGCUAUCGAAACAGAAACCUCUUACUGCGGUUUCGGAAAUACGGCUUUCCUUGUCAAAACAUACCCUACAAAAACUUCUACCGGCUUCGAAAAUUAUUGAUGUAGUUUAUAUCCUGCGAGAAUUCUUUCUACUAGGCCGUGGGGAGUUUGCUGGCGCCAUAGUUGAGCAAGCAUCUGAGCAAGUGCGCAAUCGAUGGCGGCGUCCUGGUGCCACUGGGGGAAUGGCUGCAUCGGGCGUCAAAUCCAGCUCGAGUAGCGCUGUUCUCAAAGAGGGCGAAGUAUCAUCGAUAUUGACAAGAACCUGGGGGGUACUUUCAUCACUUCAAGGAGAGGAAACCACAGAUGAGAGAUUAGAUACCGCCAGGGAUCUUUUAUACUUGUCCCUUGUCAAGCCCCCGCCCGCGGCUUCCGUAGCUUCAAAGCCAGUCCAUCCAAAAGCUAAACUUGGGGAGUCAUUCAAAGACCUCUUGGUUGGUGUUCCAAGACCCUUCGACGCCAUCUUCGCAUAUCUCAUCUCUGUUCGCCGCACUUUGAUUAGGUUGCAAACCUUGUGGCGUGGUAGACGAUAUCGACCCGCUCCCCUUGCCUUUUCUAAAAGUGAAAAUAGGGCAGUCGCAAAAGCGCGCAGAGAGGUGAUCAAGAAACGUAAGGGUAUCGAGAGGGCUGUUUGGGCAACAGCUGGCCUAAGUGUGUUCUACCUAGAAACACUGGUAGGCUACUGGCAAGGAGAGGUAGUAGGAGGUGCCUUUUGCGAGUUAAUGGAAAUUCUGGGUCAAGGCCUCGAGGAGGCCCCGGAGGAGGAACAGCAGCGGCAGCAAGAAGAUGAAGAUGGGGAUCUCUGGAUGGCGGACGGAGAAGACCAGGACGUCAGGAACGUUGAAGAGAAGACCGAAGAGCAACAAGACCCCGAAUCGUUGAUGCGGGAACACCACCUCUAUCUCUCCCGGCUGAAAAGAGGAUUGUUUUUGGCAGAUCAUCAGUUUGCAUCCCUACUUAAGAAAUUCCUAACUUCUUCCGAGGCUCUCGCUUCCCAUAUCGAGCGCAUGGGCCGCAGGAACCGUCUUACUGAUUUGAACAUUACCCCCGAUACUAGCACGAAUGAUAGGGAAGUUGUGGAGUGUAUGGCGAGCUGUAGGUUGGUGAGAAAUUUGCUUGGCAUGUUGAUCGAGAGGUGACAGAGAAUGGAUGAAGAGAGAGAUAUUGGAGGUGGUGAACUGCUGUCUUCCUGGAGAAAAGGUGGAGGGGAAGUUGGAAAGAUCGAUAGGCUACUUAUGAGGCUGGACCUGGCUAAUCUGCGGUUGGCGGAUUAAUACCACAAUAUUAUAGCUGAGCCCCUUAUAUUAGUGACGAAAGGUUUACGACUCAAUAGUCCCCUGGUAUUGCAGUUCGUAGCAAGAGCACGGUAAUGUGCAAGAAUUGAUGUAAGUGAUCAAUUGAAUCACCAUCAGACCAUUACCUGCCAUAGCACUUCCACCACCUUCCAGCUCACCCCUGCAUCCUUUCCGUCCUGCGCACGGCCAUCACCACCGCCGGCUGGUGUUUUCUUCUCGGCCCUUACAACCCCCCUCGCCUUUUGCCCAACACCCAGGUUUGCCCCAUCGUCUCCAUAUGUUCACCCUUGUUCAUAACUGGCCGAACCCCCCUCCAAGAGUACCCACUCAACAGCAUCUCUCCCACAACCAACCUUGUUCCAAAUCUGAACAUUAAUUAACAAUCCUUCCUUCCUUCCUUACCAUGCCAGCUAAAGCCCCAAUAGACGAGAACGUCAAGUUCUUAUUUACUUGUCUUAUUAGGAGCGAUUAUAAAACUAUUGACUUCACCCGCGUAGCAGCAGACUUCAGCAUCAACCGUGCGGCGGCCAGAAUGCGCUGGAGCAGGCUUUAGAAGACCAUAAAUGUGGACGACAUCGCUGCCUCGAUACUGGAUGGGAAGAAGCGGAGGAUGAGUAAAGCUCGGCAAUCUCUACUUUCUUCUUCUGUCAAGAUUGAAAAAGCCGAGGAUGGAGCUCCGCAACCUCCCCCCAUUGCUACUGCUUCAACAGUGGGCAUCAUGCUUAAGGAAGAGGAGGUAGCCACGCCGGAGGAGGAGGCGUUAGCCCCGGUGCGAUUCGCCGGUUUACCAAAGCCAUCGAAAUGCAAGAAGGCUGCGGCCGAGAAACAUGUUGCCAUACCGGUUGUUUUUGGUUAGCAGCGGGGACGGCAGGUAGAUUCGCUGCAACGCAGGUUCCACAUUUACCUAGAGUUGCUGAGGUAGCAGCGGCAGUGGUGGGCGCUCCCGAGGCAAAAUGACGACCUCCCAUACCACGAAAACCCUUUCCACCGGCACCGGUGGUCCAAGUGCCUCCUAUGCUCAAGUCUAAGCGAGAGACUCAGUUAAAGGGUGAGGGAGAUGGAGAUGCUAUGAAACCCGAGUCUUCCCCCACCGACCCGGUACGCGAAAAUGCCGCCAGCACGGCAAUAGCAGUCCUCACCGCCAAAGGGUCGAAAAAGAGGAAAGUGGAGAGCACUUGAUGUCUAUUCUAAAUAAAAAAUA